UUGCUGCUAAAAAACACCAGAUGUUCAGCCAAUAUCUGCCUCAGCUGCUUACAUUUUGGGUGAAAUACAUCGAUAUAAAAAUGAUGCAGUUUUGCCUUUUGUACGAUUGCUGCUGCACCAUGAUAAACUUGUUCCUUUUGUCACAGCAGUGGCGGAAUUAAACUUGAAGGAUACCCAAGAUGCAAACACAAUUUUUAGAGAAAACUCUCUGGCUACCCAAUGUCUGGAUGAGAUGAUGAAAAUAGUGGGAGGGCACUACCUGAAAGUAAUCUUAAAAUCUACUCUAGAUGAGAUAUGUGAAUCCUCAAAAUCCUGUGAAAUUGAUCCUAUUAAAUUGAAAGAGGGAGAUAAUGUAGAAAACAAUAAGGAAAAUCUGCAUUACUAUGUGGACAAGUUAUUUAGUACAAUUGUAAGAUAAAGUAUGAGCUACCCCACUGAAAUGUGUAAUAUCUUUUAUUCUCUAAGGCAAAUGGCUACUCAGAGAUUUCCUAAUGACCCUCAUGUUCAGUACUCUGCAGUGAGCAGCUUUGUAUUUCUUUGUUUCUUUGCUGUAGCCGUAGUAUCACCUCAUACUUUUCAUUUUCGACCUUAUCAUCCAGAUGCACAGACAAUUAGGACAUUAACUCUCAUCUCAAAAACCAUUCAAACUUUGGGAAGCUGGGGGAGCCUUUCUAAAAGCAAGUCAAGUUUCAAAGAGACAUUCAUGUGUGAAUUUUUCAAAAUGUUUCAAGAAGAAGGAUUUACUAUAGCAGUUAAAAAGUUCUUGGAUGAAAUUUCAUCGACUGAAACUAAAGAGUCCAGUAGUACAAGCAAGCCUGUGCACCUGAAAGAAGGUGAAAUGAAUAAAAGAGCUCAGGGAAGAACUCGAAUUGGAAAAAAGAACUUCAAGAAACGGUGGUUCUGCUUAACCAGCAGGGAGCUCACCUACCACAAACAGCCAGCAAAAAUGCCAUGCGUCAUUCCGACUCGGCUAUGGCUCUCAGCACGCCCAAAAGACAUAUAG